AUCAAUGAAAGAAAAUUAAUAAAUUUUUUACUUAUUUUGUGAAAUAAAUUGUAUUUCUUUUUCGACUUGCAAAUUAAAUUUUUGUAGCUAAAAUUGGCGCUAUACAGUCAUAUUUUGAAAAACCCAAUGAAAACGUGUGUGAAACAACCACCAGUCCGACAACACCAACGCGCAUAACCAUGGCACAAUGUCCACCAGUGCGUAGAACUACAAGAAUGGCAACCAGAGUCAGACAUGCCAAAUGCCCAACAUCAUGCCCCACCCCAACCACUCAAGCACCUUCGUCAGCACCAGCACGUUGCAUGAGACCCGGACCAGUACAGCGUAAUCCAUUUUUGAAUUUUUUACGUGAAUACCGAAAAACCUGUUGCGGUUUGACGGCAAUAGAAACUGUUCGUCAGGGAGCCAAAGCAUGGAAAGCUUUAUCAAAAGAGGAAAAACAACGUUUUAUAGUAGAGGCUUUCUAUGCUCCCAAACGUAGAAGACAUUCAAGUGCUAUGUGUGGUCCAGCUGGUCGCCCUACGGGCCCCCGCGUUGGUAGGAUAACAAAACGUAAUCGUUCGGCUAUUUCAAGAAGAAAUAGAGCUUAUAAAACAGCUGCUCGCCGUAAGACUAAAGUGUGUUAGUCUAGUCGAAUGUAAUAAAUUUGUUUGUGGAAAUCAUAAAUUGUUGUGAAAUACAAAAUGUUAAGACCAUGUAACGUACAAUUCAAAUAAAUAGGUUAUUUUAUAA